GAGAAAGAGAGAGAGAGCGACAGAGUAAGGAGGAGGGGAUGAAGAGAAAAGCAAGUAGCAAAAAAAAUCAGAUUUCAAAGCAAAACGACAACAGGUGUCUAGACUUAAUACAGGAGCAGAAACAGAGGAACACUAGAAAACAAGGGAAGAGAAAAGGAUAAAGAAAAUGAAAACAAGCUCAGUCUACUGAACUCAAACCCUGAGAAACAGGUGAAUAUUGAACGCGUCCGAUAACUGUUUUGCCUUGUGUGUGUGUACGUCUGUUUGCACACGAAGUGUGUGUGAGCAAAUUAUGGAAGAACAACGGCUGCUAAAACAGCUCCGAACACCAGAGAUGGAGGGAGGAGAAGGUAGGAGAGCAGGAGGAGAACGAAGUAGCCGGCUGUCGGCCUUGCAGGAACAGCUGGUGUGGUCUCUGCUGGGCUCGGGACUGUCAAAAGAGCUGCUGAUCCAGGCCAUGGGAGAUCUGGAGCGAGAACGGGCCUCGACCGGUGCCGAGAGGACGGACCGGGCCGACGGCGAGAGCUCGGAGGAGGGAGAGAUGGAAAAUCCUCCUCCCAUCUUCCGUGAUCUGGAGAGGCUUCCGCCGGAGGAGGCCGCGAGGCAAAGGGCUGAAGUCGACCAGCUGUUGCAAGAGGAUCCCUGGCAUGUGGCUAAAAUAGUGAAGAGUUACAUGCAGCAGCACAACCUACCACAGAGAGAGGUGGUGGAGUCCACCGGCCUCAACCAAUCCCAUCUCUCCCAGCACCUCAACAAGGGCACACCCAUGAAGAAUCAAAAGCGUGCCGCCCUGUACAGCUGGUACAUCAAGAAACAGACAGAGAUCAGUCAACAAUUCACCAAUGCCAGUCGAGGUGUCAUGUCAGGAGAGGAAUCCGGGGAGGAUGUGAGAAAGGGACGGAGAAAUCGAUUCAAAUGGGGUCCCGCCUCCCAGCAAAUCCUGUUCCAGGCUUAUGAACGACAGAAGAACCCCAGUAAGGAGGAGAGGGAGGGAUUGGUGGAAGAGUGCAACAGAGCGGAGUGUCUUCAGAGGGGAGUUUCUCCUUCUCAACUGGCUGGCCUGGGCUCUAAUUUGGUCACAGAGGUUCGUGUAUAUAAUUGGUUUGCGAAUCGGCGUAAAGAGGAGGCCUUUCGCCACAAACUGGCACUGGACGUGCCCUACAGCAGCCAAUCUGCUUCCUCCGCAGGACAGACUCUACCAUCUAGUCCUUCACCAGUUCUGAAGUACAGCCAGUCAGUGCUGUGUGAGAGUUUGGGCACAAUGAGAAGCUCCAGUGGUGAAGACAGGGCUGGCAGCGGUCGUCUAGCCAGUCCAGUUCAGCUAGAACCCAGUCAUACACUCCUGGAUACACACCAUCACAAACCAGUAUCUGGUGGUGGCUCCUUACCUCCUGUCAGUACUCUCACUUCCCUGCACGGAGUGUCCGGAUCCUCCGCUGGCCCUCCAGGACUGAUCAUGGCCUCCCUACCAAGUGUAAUGAGUCUGGGAGACUCCUCACUUCUCAUAGGUUUGACGUCCUCUCAACCACAGACGGUCCCUGUCAUCAACAACAUGGGGGGAGGGUUUACUACCCUUCAGCCAAUCUCGUUUCAGCAGCAGCUUCAAGCCUCACCUCAGCAGCCAAUAGCACAGCAGCUCCAGUCUCACAUUAGCCCAAGUUCCUUCAUGGCAACAAUGGCACAGUUCCCAUGCCACAUGUAUAGCAAAGCAGACCUGAGCUCUUACCCCUCCUCCAGUCUCCUGUCCCAGGCUAUGGUCAUCGCAGACAGCAGUAGCAUUGGGACACUGACAAACCUCACAGCUGUUCGACAGAUUCUCACCUCAGAUCCUGAGGGUCACACAGACACUCCCAUUGAAGAGGAGUCUUUACAUCUGCAAUCCACUUCACCAGAACCAGCAUGCUAUGUGACAUGCUGGUGGUCGGAGAACUACACUCGGAACAAGAAAGCUACAAUGGAUGACGAUCGUCUAAUCAGUGAGGUGGAAAAACAUGAAGUGUUGUAUGACCCGCAGGACUUUUCAUAUAAAGAUUUAAACACGAAAGAAAAAGCAUGGGAGACAAUUUCUUCGGCUGUUGGUGUGGAUGCAUCUUCGGGUAGUUUGGAGCUCUACCCUCAGACCCAGACAAGUGAAACCCAUCCUUCACACCUGCUCUCCUCUUCACCAGGGGACAUCGACCCUUACAUCCCUACACAGAUGGUCUCUACUGCACAAUAGCUGCAGCUACUGAUGACAAUACCACUUCCAAAAGCUGCGGAGAGCUGGUGCAUAUGAGAAAACAAUGAAAAAUAAAAAACAAUGAUCUGUCAUUGUAAAAAUCCAAACUGCUAUAUAUUGCUAUCUGCUGCCUCCACAUGAUGAUGAUGAAAACCUUAAAUUAUGCUCAAUAAAAGGAGUUAAGCUUUCAUUUAAAAUAGACUCUUGUGUGAACAUGUAUAUAAUUAGUUUUAGGUUUCAAAAUGUGACUAAUAAAUGCUUGUAAAAAAUA